AUGCUUCAUAAUAAUCCAUUGUGUCAUCAUAAAAUAGUAGAUGGAAAUGCCAAAACGGACGUGUCAAACCGUAAAGAGCCCGGAAUAUUUUGCGGCGAAAGCGAGCAGCCCCAGACCUUUAUGUCCGAAACGUCUUUUGUCAAAGUUCUCUUCCAUGUAGAAAAUUAUACAGAUCAGACAUACCUUAGUUUUGAUACCAGAGCCGAACAACAACUAGUAGUAUAUUUGAGAUACGGACAACAUCCAGAACUGUAUCCUAACAGAAGAGGGGAAGUUGUUCAAGGGUCAUAUUGUGAGCGAAUAUUUAGAGACUGUCGUCUUCAAACUUGUUACGUUCAAUCACCAGCUUAUCCCGGCAUCUAUCCGAGAAAUUUGCAUUGUAGAUACUACCUAAACACUCGACUGCCUUUUAUCAAGCUCUACAUUGAAAACGAAGAGUUCAACAUCGAUGGCCAGAGAUGUGAAAAUAUUAUGACUUGUCCGAUGAGACCUAUAUCAUCCGGCGAAGAAAACUGUCCGUACGAUUACAUAAAAAUCUACGAUGGAAAAAACGAGUUCAGUCCCGUUAUUGGCACAUUCUGCGGAAUGGGCAAAUUCCCGUACUCCAUUAUUGGCACAUCUCAGGACCUUUUUGUGGAAUUUGUGUCGUCUCCUGCAGGUCCUCUAUUAAACACGGGUUUCCACUUUAAUGUUGGUAAUUGGCCUGGUCAUGUAGACACCGCAGGAAGUAGGAAUGGCACAUGCGACUGGUUGCUAUCUUCAGAAAGCCUUAGAGAGCUUCCGGAGAUUCAGAAGGAAUAUUUCUUUCUGUUGCUCAUUGGUAUCCACCUCACACGAGUUGUACAUAUCUUAUGCAAGGCGAAGAAGAUGAAGUUUUUUAGAAUAAAUCGAAUAGAAUCUCCAAUAAAGCCCAUCGAAGGAGACUGCGGUGAAUCGUUAACGCUGUACGACGCUUCUUGGCCCGACGAUGCAAAAAUUAUCAAAACAUUCUGUGAUACUUUUUCAAAAGCGAUGGAAAAGCACGAUUUUGUAUCCACCGGCAAUUCAUUGUUUGUCCGAUUCGAAAGCAAAACAGGAAGCUACAGUGGCUCUUCCUUAUAUUACUGGGCUCAUUACGAUUUCUUCAAUAAUACAAAACUGGGAGAAGCUGUGCCAGGAAGACAAUGUGAUGAGAUAUUUUCUUCUUGGAAACUAGUUAAAGGUUGGCUGAGAUCACCGCUAAAUACAUUAGUUUAUAAAACACCUCAAACCAGUGAAGAUGUUAGUUGCUUGUAUAGAUUUGUUACGGACAAGAGAUUAUUCGCAAGAGUUAUAUUAACCAUCAACAAUGUAUAUUUUAAAGAAUCUCCAUACAAUCAUGGACCAUGCACGAACUGUUUAGAAGACCGCGUCGACAAACUAGUGAUCUGGGAACCCCUACUACCAGGCGCUAACUCUACUCACCCUCCAAUUUCUCUUAACAAAGCAGCGCAGAAUGGUGAUGUUACUUGUAUAUGUAAUCGACAAGCCUUCUCUACGCAAAUCAUAUCCAAAGGAGAACAACUCAAUUUACAAAUGAUCGUUGAUAGCACACACAGUGCUUUAAGUUACUUUAAACAUUCUGCUUCACUUUUUGAAGCGACAUAUGAAUUUGUUCAUGGUCCUCUUUGUGGACCAGCCAUUAUUCAACCCAUUACUGAUGGCGAAAUCCAUUAUCCUUAUUAUGAAGCUAUUGGUUAUGUGGAACCACCGAAAUCAAUAAGAUGUAUAUGGGAAAUUAAAGUAAAUCGAGAACGAGAUUUCUGGUUACACUUCGAUCAAAUCAAGUUUUCAUCAAAAUCCUGUGACGACGGCAUCGUGGACAUCUUCCUUAAAGGUCGCUUAGAUCCGUACCUCUCUGUAUGUGGUGAAAAUGUUUCGUUAGCGAAAGAACUACCAAUCCUAUCUUCGGCGGAACUUAGUCCUGACGGAACUGAUCCAAGUAUCACGAUUCAGUUUAUAGGUAGAACUUCACCAACACGUGCUGCAUUUAAGAUCGCCUGGACGGAGAUGUUCCAUUUACCCCGAAACGUGGAUGGUUCCUCUUUGAUGUCGAGUCGACUGACUGAGGGUGGCAAUCCAGAAGAUCCUCUGGGAGACGGGUGUGAAUUCGCUUGUCCCGGCGAACAGGGGCUAUGCAUUCCAGCCAGGCUCGUCUGUAACGGAGUUGUUAAUUGCCCCAACGUCACAGAUUAUAAAGUUGCCCAACAAUCAUCCCAAUUUGAAGACAUCCCAAUCGAGCAGUACGUACACAACGAUCACCAAAACGAUGAAAUUGAUGUUGAGUUAAUGCCAAGAUCUCCUAAGCUACUAUCAAUAGCACGAAACUCAAAUUCAGAUACAAAUAUUAAUACUGGAAACAAUCAUCAUCAUUAUUUUGAAGAACUGACCAGUCAAAUUAUUAAAUCAAGGUCUAAACGACAUAUUACAACUGAACGGCCUAUAACGGUUCUAGAGAAAAUAGGUCAACCUCUAGAACUAUUUACUGUUGACAAAGAAAAUACUACAGAUAGGUAUGUCAAUGCCUCUGUAAUAAAGCUGAAUGAAACAGAAAAUAAUUUAAAUAGAACUCUUCAGAUAAACGAUUUUCUAAGAUUUAGACGUGCUCUACAAACUGAUCUUGCAAAACCACAAAAUUUAAGGUCUCAAUCAGCUGGUACAUUUAUCCAAGCAGAUCCUCACGGUAUUAUCGGGCAAUCCCAAAUCCUUGCUGCAGAGUCUACAAACAGGAAUAACAUCACCAGAGAAACUCGUGGUGCGACUAAAGAACAAUGGGUAAAACAAUCUUAUCCAGUUCAACGUGACGAAACCAACUUCGAUGACAACAUUCAACUUGCUUCAAACUCUGUUAGGGCACCAAGAGUUCAUUUUGUUACGAACGGAAUGCAGGAUAGAGACCACUUGGAAUAUAAAUUAGACAAGGAAGCCAGAUACGGCCCCAAUACCAAAUAUUCUCCUACCGACUUGUCAGCUGAACAGAAUUAUUAUCAACCGAGGUUUGCCAGAAAUUAUACGCCCAGAUAUCCAAGUGCCCAAAGGGAUUCGUACAGAGAUUAUCCGGAGUACAACAGAAAUUAUGAACCAGAAUCUACCAGCGGUCCAAACAGAAGAAGAAUAAUAUACUACGCCACACUUCCAGAAAUCACUAGAAUAUCCCGGGAUGAUGAUUUCAGACGUCCUUACGACAAUUACGACUACAGAAACCGAUAUGACGAAAGAUAUGCUCCUCCAGACCACUAUGCUUACAGAGAUAGGUUAUAUGACGAUCCCAGACAAGAAAAUGAUCCGAAGGAUAGAAGGGAUCCAAGAUAUCCGUUAAGGGUUUCCACAGAUGUAAGAGUAAAUGAUAUAAGAAAAAAUCCAGAAAGAAGGAUAUAUUCGGAUGUAGAUCGGGCAAAAUUUGUUCCUACAAGAUAG